AUGGCCCUGAAAAAAGAUUGGAAUGCUUGGAAGAAGUUGAUGGAUUCUAGCAGAGGGGUGUCAGGGAUUGGUUUUGCUAGCGAAACUGGUAUGUUUCAGGUAUCGGAUGAGUGGUGGGACAAGAUUGAAUCGACAAACAAGGUGUGUGCCAAGUUCAGGAAAAAAACAUUGGAACAUCGAGAGUUGAAGGAAACGAUAUUUAUAGGGGCAACAGCUGCUGGUAAGCACCAUUGGACCUCGAGAGAAAAAGUUACUGAAGCGACCGACGUCUCAUCUGAUUCUGUGAACAAUCUCGGAGCCCAGCCAUUUGUUGAUUCGAUACCUGCACGAGCAGAGGACAUCGAUUCAGAUUCUUCAAUUGAACCUGUUCCGACUGGUAACGAGAAAAGGAAACGGAUUCCAUCAACAAGCUGUGGAAAGUCGAAGAAGGUCACAACUGGGGCCUCAGUUAUUGUGGAAAGCAUGAACAAUCUGACAAAUGUGGUUCGUACCUAG